GGGGAUCUAUCAUGUAAUUUACGCUGUACGUAUAGAUCUCAAUUACAUAUAGAUCCCCUGAAGUGACUCCCGUGAGGGUGGAUUUGUAUUUAAUCGGCAAGGGACUAUAAAUUUCAAGAUUCGUGCCGUCCACAAUAAUGGUCCUGUGAGGACACAUGCAAGGCCGGAAGGUGACCGCAAAGGCAGUGCACCAGUGCCUACCUGAUGAGUAUGAUAGCUUCAUUGAGUAGACAGAAGCUUACUGUAUUCAUUUGCAGCUGAGGAGGAGCAGUAAAUAGGGUUGAUUAAGCUUCUGUUGUACUUGUUAACAAGAUUGGGAAAAUCAGGCUGGGUUCAGGUUGUGUUCACAAAGGUUCAUGUCUCGACUGUUGUACAUGUGGCACACGGGUGGUUGUAGAUUACUGAGAGCUUCCUUGCGACGUCAUUCGUGUCUUGUAUGUGUCACAUGGCCACUGGGGGGCGCUGUAGAGGAUGUACAGAAUAUCUUCCUUGGUACAGGACAGAACGAAUUAAAUUUGGCCACUGGCGUGUGACAUGGCAAGCAAAUUGCUCUUUAAUAUAGGGAUGAUGCUUGC